UUCACCUUCGACUUUCGAUUUGGAAAUUCUCGGUCUCGGCCAUUGACCAAAUUCCCUCAUAUACCAAAAUUUAAGGUUUUCGUCUUUUGUGUUCACUGUAUGUCACUAUCCGUUCCACUGUGCGUGUUCCGCAGACACUACAAGCGGAGGAGACCGAACAGCUGUUGCCGAUAAAAACUAUCGAUUGUUGUCGUGUAAUUGCGAAGCAGUUUGCUGAGAUUUUUCCCCCAAGUUCAAUAUUAGCGUGGCUGCCAAAAAGUCGCGACUCGCGCUUACAAUCAAAUUUAGCCAAGUAAUUACCAGGAGGUUCCCGACUUUGUGGGACUGCGGCAUCGGCAAGAAGAAGCAAAGCUGGGCGAGAGAAGAGCAAAAGCAACGAGAGACACAGCACGCACACAGCCACACAAAUUACGUGCAGAGCGCAAUCUAUUCCCCCAUUUUCCACUGAAAAUAACCGCACUGCAGGCGGAAAAGCAGCCAAUUGCGACGCAUUUCGCACUGCAAAGGUGAUUCCGUGCAACGAACUUCAGGGCAACCCCAACUGAGCACCGCAAGCACCAACGGCAGCCACAACAAUAACUUUGCAGAUCGGAAGAGCAGCAAGAAGAAGCAGAGAGGAGCACUAAGCGACCAGCUGAGAAGCAAGGGGAGGAGGAAACACCGCACAGGGGGAGUAGAGGAGCAGGGGAAGCGAAGGAGGCGAGGGAGGACCAGCAGCCACCAUGAGCAUGGUGCGGCGGAUCAUCCUGCUGGGCCCCAAAUACAGUGUCUGGUCGAAGGGAAGCGCUGUUGGUCAGACACAGAGCACAGCAAGAUGUGUCAUCCUGGGCGCUCGAAACUCCGAGGUCAGCAUCUGGGGCGUCCGACGUUUCCACUUGGCCACUAGGAACUGUGCCAUUAGCCGCCUGGUAAGGCUAGAGCCCGCGGUGGCGAUACCCGCAUACAUUGACAUCACGAACGCCACCACACGAUCGCCUGACGACCUGGGCAGCAGCACCACCGGUAGUGAGAACGCGACGGGAAGCGAUAGCAGUACCAGCGCGUCUGGUGAAGGCUCCGCCAAAAGUCCCGGCGGGUCGGGGUCAGGAGCGAGCACGACCAGUAGCGGAGAUCCACCGGGAGGCGGUAGUGACAAGUUCCUGUCGUGUCCGAAGUGCGGCAGUGCCUGCACACAGGUGGAGACGUUCGUCAGUUCGACUCGGUUCGUCAAGUGCGCCAAGUGCAACUACUUCUUUGUUGUGCUCUCCGAGGUCGAGACCAAGCAGCGUACCAAGGAUGAGCCCAAGAACCACCGCAAACCGCCGCCGCCGCCCCAGAAGAUCAUGGAGUACCUGGACAAGCACGUGGUGGGCCAGGACUUUGCCAAGAAAGUGCUUGCUGUCGCCGUCUAUAACCACUACAAGCGCAUCCAUCACAACCUGCCCCAAUUGCAUCAGCAGGGAAGCGGUGCGGCCGGUGGAUCCGGCGGUGGUGGACUGGAGGGAAUUCCCCGGCCCGACCUGCUGCACAUAACCGGGAUUGGUCACACGCUGAACAGUACGCCCGGCAGUGAGCUGCCCCCCAAGGCGCCCGCCCAAAUGGGCCUGGGCGGCGGUAUGGGCGGGCCAGGACUGGGCAGCGGACUCAGCGGAUCCUCAUCCAGUCACUCGCGAGGCGGCGGCGGGGACAACCGCCCUGGCUCCGAGAUCCUGGACCGACAGUCCAAUGAUGUUAAGCUAGAGAAAAGCAACAUCAUCAUGCUAGGCCCAACGGGAUCUGGCAAAACACUAAUAGCUCAGACGAUCGCCCGCUGUCUGGACGUGCCCUUCGCCAUCUGUGACUGCACCACGCUGACGCAGGCCGGCUAUGUGGGCGAGGACAUCGAGAGCGUCAUUUCCAAGCUCCUGCAGGAUGCCAACUACAAUGUGGAGCGCGCCCAAACGGGUAUUGUCUUCCUAGACGAGGUGGACAAGAUCGGUGCUGUUCCUGGAAUCCACCAACUUCGCGACGUCGGAGGCGAGGGUGUCCAGCAGGGAAUGCUCAAGAUGCUGGAGGGCACGGUGGUCAAUGUGCCAGAACGCAACUCCCCGCGUAAGCUGCGAGGGGAGACCGUCCAGGUAGACACCACAAACAUUCUGUUUGUGGCCUCCGGUGCGUACACAGGACUGGACAGGCUUAUCGCGCGUCGUCUCAACGAGAAGUAUUUGGGUUUCGGCAUGCCCUCAACCAGCGGAUCUGGUCGUCGAGCAGCUCAGGCAGUCGCCAGUCCCAUGGACAACGAUCAGGAGGAGCGUGAUAAAUGCCUGACCAAGGUGCAGGCCCGUGAUCUCGUUGAGUUUGGCAUGAUACCGGAAUUCGUUGGCAGAUUCCCGGUUAUUGUGCCCUUCCACAGUUUGAACAUCAGCAUGCUGGUCCGUAUCCUGACGGAGCCCCGCAACGCCCUGGUGCCACAGUACAAGGCUCUGCUCGGCCUCGACGAUGUGGACCUUACCUUCACCGAGGACGCUGUCAAGUCGAUAGCCCAGCUGGCGAUGGAGAGACACACAGGAGCACGCGGCCUGCGCUCCAUAAUGGAACAACUGCUACUGGAUCCGAUGUUCAUAGUGCCCGGAUCAGACAUUCGAGGUGUUCACAUAACCGCCGAUUACGUUCAGGGCACAUCAACUCCCGAAUACAGCCGCGACGCGGACACCCCGGCCUCUGGGACCGUUGCCGCUGACUCGGAGACCACAAACGAUAAUGAUAAGAACUUUGAGGAUAGUGAGAAAUUUGGUUUGACUGAUAAAUCGGUUGGUUCGUCGUAGCUCCUCCCUUCAAGCCCCAUCAAUCUGUAAAAUAUGCCCGAUAAGGAGUGAAUGAAAGAGCAUCCCUAACAUCCCCAAACCCAUAUGCAUCUGUGAUUCAUAAACGACGAGCAGCGCAAUCUUUUGAGCCCGACACAGUAGUGAGCAGAGUAACCAAUUCUAACGGGAUAGAUUAAUUAAAUAAAAGCCACAUGUUUUUUUAAAAAAUACCCAAUACACGUAGGAUCGAUCGGAAAUCUGCAAUGUUGGCAGGGUGUGGUCGAGGUCUGUACCUCUGGACUCCUCGGAUCCUAGGAUCCUCUCUUGCAUAUACCAAUUAUAUUUACAAUCGUAAAAAUAUAUCUAGGCAAAUUUUGCAUAGUCUAAACUGAGUUUCUAAAUGAGUUCUGGUUGCGUUAUAAUGACGACAAACGAGAGCAGCAAGUUCUACUUUUAACUACUUUAAGUUGAGAAAUCAAUUUUGAAAAUACAAAAAAAGAAUUAAUAAAAAAAAAAGAAAAUAAACAAUAUAAA